GUUAAACUCUAUUGCGUCUGUGGUCCGAUUCGUCCUACGAUGCCCAAGUCUCCACGCUGAUGAAUCACACGACCAUAAAGUACGAUAUUCCAUCAUCACCAUGGGGAAUAAUCCCUCAACGAACAAUCGCCCUUCUCACCAAGCCUCUCCCUCCCCGAGCCAUGACUCGUCUCGAACCUCGUCCACUCGGAGAAAUCCCAGGAAUCUGAUACAGGCUCAGCGAGCACCCGCCGAGCCUUCGAUGGCACAAGCCCGUGGAACCACCACUGCUACACAUCGUACGCGCAAUUCCCAAUCGCAUUCGACAGCUGCGCCGUUCAGUACUUCAUCGCCGAGUCAAAGCGUCAACAGUCCUUCUUACCAUAGCAGCGAUUCGCAAAUGGGCGCUCAAAUUUCGAAGGACGAGCCCAAGGUUGAGGUUCGGGAUCAACCCAGCAAACCGGUCGAUGUUCCCGCACCUACUGCUAUGAAUAUAGAAUCUGCAUCUACACGAUCGUACUCGCAAUCGAUCGAGCCAUCGGGGCCACCCCUUACACAAGACAUGUCAUACCAUCUCACCCGGCCCCCUAGACUCCCGCUCCCCAUAGAAGAGGAGGUUCACACCCCAGGAUCUCCCAUCAUUGCACCCGCAGAUGUUGAUGCUCCUGCUCUGGAUAUAGAGUCACUAGACCACGAAACGCUCCCAAGACGUUCUUCCGCUCUGAGCAACACCACAAUAGAUGAGGAGGAUGCCGAAGAAUUACGGGUUGAUAAGACAGGAGCAACAGUUCCUACAACUUUCGAAUGGCAGCAAGGAGGGGAGAAAGUGUAUGUCACUGGAACUAUAUUUCAGUGGAACAAGAAGCACCGAUUGCAUCCCGUUCCUGGCAAACCAGGCCUUUUACGAGCUGUGAUUCAUGUUCGACCAGGAACACACCACAUCAGAUUCAUAGUAGACGGUCUGAUGCAAUGCUCAACCUUGCUGCCCACUACCGUGGACUUUGGUAACAACCUAGUCAACUAUAUCGAAGUGAGUGCCGAUGAUCUGCCUCGAGAGGUCCCAGUAGCUGUAGAGGGCACCGGGACCCCGGUUUCUAAUGUCCAAGCUCAAGCACAAACUCCACCUAAAAACGCUGAGCCCAAGGCCAAUGUAGAACCUCAUGCCACGAAAGUCAAAGUCCCUCCAAGAACAAAGCCCGUCAUUCCUGUGGGGAAGUUCUCCUCGCAAAUACCUCAAUACCUGGUGGAUCUAGAUAAAGCGGAAGACUCGGCAGCGUAUCAAUAUGCUGCUGCAGCAAUUGAGAAGCUUCCGACGCCACCAAGUCUUCCUGGAUUCUUGGGGAAGCCGAUCUUGAAUGCUGCUACUCCUAUGAAAGAUGAUAACAGUGUCUUGACGAUGCCAAACCACACUGUCCUCAACCACCUUGCCACGAGCAGUAUCAAGAACAACGUGCUUGCAGUUUCGGCUACGACACGAUACAAAAGAAAGUAUGUCACAACGAUUAUGUAUAAACCUACCGGGGACGACUGAGCAGCAUCACAGUGGCCUGAAAUAAUAGCAUCAAUGCACCGUUGAGCAUCAAAAGGUCUACAUGAAGUUUUCAUUACAUUCACAUUCCGGAUCGAGUCCUUCUUUUUCUGGGUUAACCACGUCGUUGAUCCGCAUGACUCCGAUGACAGAUUGUGAGGUGGGUUAGGUCUUCGAUAGGAGGACAGGAAGCCAAUCAAUGAACAACUUUCAAAACUACUCCUC